AUGUCAGCUGUUCAAGAGUUUAACCUGCUCCGAAAGGAGAUGGAAGACUUCACGCUGCGUUUCCAAUCUUUUACAUUGCUGCAAAAACUGAAUAUUCUGACAUCUAAACUGCAACAUGUCAAUAGAAUUAAGGAACUUGAGAAACAGGCUAGAGCACUCCUGACGGAAAUAACAGCCACCAACGAGAAAACAGAAAAAACGGAAAGUAUUGUGGAACAAUCUCUUCGUGACUUACAAAACAAGCAGGAGAAAGUGGACGCUCUUUCAAUGCAACUGGAGCACAGGAAGGCAGCAAGGGGACAACUCCAGAGAGAUGUUGAGGAUAUGAGAAAGGAAGUUAUAGAUUUAGAGGAAACAUUGAAUAGCACGCGCUCUGUUCUUGGCGACCAGGCUGUCAAGGAUGCUGAAGAGCUUACGAAGUUUGAACAAUAUUUGGGCUUGCGAAUCGAGGCCGUCGACAUUGAUUUGCUCAAGUUCAAAUUCGUCAAUAUUGACCCGAACGACGUCGACCGUGAAGUUUGGUGUGAACUAAAUGUUGCUGAGCAAGACUACAGAAUUGGCCUUACAAAUCCUACUUUACCUAAAGACUUAGUGCUCAAAAUCCAAAAAGACCUCAAUCUGCAUGGGGAACUUGUCGUGUUCCUACAACAAAUGAGGAAAGCAUUGCGUGCUGAAGUUGCCUAA